AGUAAAAGUCGAUUCACUAAGAUGUCUAGCACCGCUACCGUAAUCGAAAAUCAACUCUUAUACAAUUUUGGUUUUUUUUGUUUUUAAUACGAUUAUUGUUUGGCACGGAUAUUAACGAAACAUAAGUUUGCACAAGCUCAGAAGCAACAAAAGUUACAAAAAAUAAAACAUAGUUGUAAAUAAAAAUAUUUUAAGUUUUGUGAUACUGAGUUAAGGAAAGUUUUUGUGUUUCAACAUGGCCAAAAAGUGUCUUUGGAACUGUAUGCUGCUCGUUCUAUUGUCAACAAUGUCCUUAACUAAUUGUCAAUUGGCCGAAAACAGUGCUAAAAGCGUUAAUUCAGAAGCUGAACAUACGCGAAAUCUAUAUAAGAGAAAUUCGGAGCAACAAAUCAAUCCGGUACACUCUACAAAUAAAGAAGACCAUGCCACACCAAUAUCAACAGCAGCAUCGAUAGUUGUACAAGGAUCACAAGCAAUAUCUACCCAAGUGCAAACUGGUGGAAGUGGGGACAGUAGUGGUACAAAUCUAGAACCACAAAGACCAAAAAGUUCAUACAACUUGCUAAGUGAGGCGAUGUCUCUGGCGGUUAGCAAUGAAUUCAGCACUGUCAAUAGUGGCUCAGCGGAUGGAGCCUGUAGUGCCGAUGAUCUGGAUUGUUAUAGCGGUAGUGUGCAGGAUCGAUUUGGCAUGGAAGCAAUUGCUAGCUUGCAUCGCCAACUAGAUGAUGAUGAUAACGGAAAUAUCGAUUUGAGCGAAUCGGAUGACUUUCUGCGCGAGGAACUGAAGUAUGAUUCUGGUUAUGAGAAGCGUCAGAAGGCAUUCCAUUUCAACGAUGACAUGCAUAUAUCAGUGAAAGAACUUUGGAAUGCUUGGCUCCGAUCAGAAGUACACAACUGGACCAUUGAGCAAACCACUGACUGGCUGGCUCAGUCUGUUCAACUUCCACAAUAUGUGGAUCUCUUCAGGUUACACAAAGUAACUGGUGCUGCAUUGCCUAGGUUGGCUGUUAAUAAUUUACACUAUGUAAGCAAUGUGCUUGGCAUUAAGGAUCCAAUACAUAAACAAAAAAUAUCACUAAAGGCAAUGGACGUUGUACUUUUCGGUCCACCAAGAGAAACUGGAACUCGCUGGAAGGAUUAUAUUCUGGUAACACUGUUACUAAGCGCAAUUAUCGGCUGUUGGUAUGCCUAUCAACAGAAUAAGAAUGCCAAGCGGCACUUGAGGCGCAUGGCACAGGAUAUGGAAGGACUACAGCGCGCGGAGCAAAGUCUACAGGAAAUGCAAAAGGAGCUUGAGCUGGCACGCAUGGAACAGGAGAAUGUGGCUACUGAGAAAUUGGAUCUGGAGCGUCGUUUGAAAGAAGUGCCAUCGCUUAGCUCGUCCAGUUCCGAUUUGGAGGUGCAGCAGCUGAAGAAAGAAAUCGAAAUGUUGCGUAGUGAGCUAUCACGUGCGGAGUUCGAGCUGGUUGAUAACUGCUGGGCGCCGCCACAGCAGCUGCAGUCCUGGCUGCAGUACACCUAUGAGCUGGAAAGUAAGAAUCAUCAAAAGAAGCGUGUGUCCGCGGAGAAGCAGCUGCAAUCAGCGCGAGAGGCAUGCGAAAAGUUGCGCAAGAAGCGUUCAAGUCUGGUGGGAGCGUUUGUAUCAACGCAUGGCAAGAGCAUUGAUGACGUGGAUCGCUCAAUAGUGGAGGCGCGUAACUCGCUGGGCGAAGUCACUAAUGAGCUGCAGGAGCGUCUGCAUCGCUGGAAACAGAUUGAAUCGUGCUUAGGCAUUAAUAUUGUCAACAAUAAUGGCUUGUCUUACUUGGAAAAUGUGCUUUAUAAUCGUAAUGGCAACAUUGGCAGCAGCUCGGGUAGUUCUACUAAGGGCUCCAGAGCACGGAUCACAAAUAGCACUGAUGAUCUGGACGAUGAGUCACUACAAGGUGCAAUCGACAAUAGUCGUCUCAUAGCUCAAAACAGCUUUCUGCCCGAGGACAGCUCCUGCAGCGACGAAGGCACUGACAAUCUCUCGGUGCAAUUCGGUCAAAGCAACAUUGCCCUGGAUCACGUCCACGCUACUAAAAUAGAGGAAAUUGAUUUAAUCAUUGGGCAGGCCAAUGGUAUGCCUAGAACCAAAAGUGCUGCAUUGCUGGGACAUGUUGCGACGCCAGCGGAUUUCUCUCGAGCCAACAGCAUAGCCCAUGGGGCUAAGAGCAAUGAAAGCACUUAUCCAUAUGUACCACCCCGGACCAAAAAGCGCCUAUCGUCCACAUCAUCCACACAUUCGUCAGAGGGCGUAGUCUCAUGUACUCCAAGUAUUGGAAAUGCCCCGCAACGUCCACCCCGAAAAUCGACUGAGAGAUCUCAAAGGCAGAAACACUAAUAAACUUCUUGGAAAUAAAUAAUAAAUCAAAAAAAACUAUAAAUCUAAGGACAAUUGAAUUUAUUUUU